AUGCCAUCAUUGUCGAAAGGAGUGGGCGCAUUUCGGGCACAUCUGCCCAACUUGAGUAUCGACAGGUUCACUUCAAUGAAGAAGCAGAAUUCUUACGAGUAUGCUAGAGCGUUUAAAGAGAAUGGCAAUCCGCCGUGGCUCCAUGGCCUGUACCUGCAUUGGCAAAAGCUUCUUUCUGAACCGUUCAAAGGUGUUACUAGUGAUGGCAAGGUCAUACCUGAUCUCUUUGGGAUUGAGGACCAAGGUAUCCCCAUCGAGGACAUCGUCAAGGCAGCCAAGCUUGCCCUGGCCAAAAUGAGUCCCCAGCAAAAAGAUCGCUCAAUCUAUCACAUCGACUCUCCAGAAUGGCGUACAUGGUCUAACCCGGAGAUUCUGUUGAGUGAUAAAGGUGUUAGGCUCGAUGAGGUUACUGAGGAACUCCGGACGGCAAUCUUGCAAGUUCUCAACAUCUCUCUCUCUCCGGAAGGCUACCAGAAAGCAAUCUCAGCCAUGCGUAUCAAUGGCUUUCUUGGUGAGCUGGUUGAAGCACCUGCCGUCAUGAACGAAUUCUCUUACAACUUUGCCCUCUUCGGGGUUGAGCCAUCUAUCACGGAGCCGUGGGGCUUCUCGUUUUACGGGCAUCACUUAUGUCUGAAUGCGUUCUUCUAUAAGAGGCAAAUGAUUCUCUCUCCGUGGUUCACCGGCGCCGAACCGAAUCUUAUCGAUCAUGGCAAAUAUCGCGGAACCCGAAUCUUGGAACGAGAGGAGAGUCUUGGCCUCCAGCUCAUGCAGAGCUUGCUCCCGGAGAUGCAAUCUCGUGCUCAGGUCUAUCAACAGAUGAAAGAUCCUGCAAUGCCGCAUGGACGUUGGAACCACGAUGACCAGAGGCAUCUUUGCGGAGCUUACCGCGACAAUCGUGUUGUACCCUACGAAGGUGUUUUAGUCUCGGAGCUUUCAGCAGAACAGCAAGAAGCCGUCACUGAGAUCCUCCGCGAGUACCUCCUAUACCUGCCUGAGAAGGCUCGCAACCUUCGCCUCACUGAGUGCAAACACUGGUUUCAUGAGAGCUAUUUCUGCUGGAUCGGUGGAUUUGAGGAUACCGACUCUUUUUACUAUCGUAUCCAGAGCCCUGUCGUGAUUAUCGAAUUUGACCAUCACUCAGGAGUGUUUUUGACAAACAAGGAGCCGGCUAAAUUUCACAUCCACACUCUCCUUAGGACCCCUAAUGCUGGGGACUAUGGUAUGGCGCUGAGGAAGCACAUGCCCGGCAUGACACAGGACUUCCUUUGGGAAGGGUAG